UUACGAUCGUGAGAACAGUCCGGGGUUUUCCCGAGAGUUUGGACUACUUAACGCGAGCCACGACAGUACAUACUGGUAUAUAUACAAACAAUAUGGUAAUAAUACUGUGCGUAUAAUAAUAUUAUUGUUGAUAUUGUUGUCGCGAGCGAGCAGACGGGGACCGAAAGAAUGCACGCCGAAGAAGCGUGAAGAGGAGGCGCGUUGGCCGGGGCGAUGAGUCAUCGGUUUUGGUGGGCUCAAAGUUCCCCUCGGAAAAACGAGCGAAAAAACCCGCACACGACGAGUGCACGGGAGAGCGUGAUCGCACACUACGGUCCGCCCCACCCCGCCCCGCCGGCGGACCUUCGGAUGCUGCUUGCACCGCCGCCGUCGUCGUCGUCGGCGGUGGGGCGCGCGCGCAGUGCACCGGGGCAGACGUGUACACAAUAUUACACGUUUGACCGCCACGGGCGGCGGUGGCGGUAGAGCAGCUGACCCGGCCGUUACAGCGGCGGCGUUCGCAGUCGGCGGCACAACGUUAUUUUACGAAUUACGGAGGACUCAGUAAUGCCAGUGCGUUGGACCGAGCCGGCGCCGCUCGCAUUUUAGCGCAAGUAGCACACACACCGGCGGACCGGGUUUUUCGUUUUCGUAUUAUUGUACGGCGAUAAUUUGAUUUUCGUUUUUCCUCCCGUCUCGCGGAGGUACGAUUGAUAAAAAUACAACGCGCGAGGCGUCGUCGCGGCGGUGGUUUUUGUACAAUUUCACUUCCCUCCUCCCACGAACCACUUCAUCUCGCUGUAUUUUUUUCCACGAGUCGAACGUUUGAUCCUCCCGAAGGAACAAGUCCACGUGCGAAUCAUAGACACAGUUGUCGUGUGCGUGUGUGUCCCGGAACGUACACAUUUAUCGUUUUUUUUCUCUUCUGUAUAACAUUGUAUUUUCAUAUUCCCGAAGAAAAUGCUCUCGUCCGGCGGUGGCCGUUGCGGCGACCGUCGCCGUCGUUGACGCAGCCGAUCGCGGCUGUACGUCCGCGAUGAGCUAUCGUCGACUCGAAGCGACACACGACGACCGGAUCGGAGCUAAGGCAACGGAUCUUCACGCUGGUGACUGAAGGAUCUCAGCAGCCGAAUGGCCCUAAUGCUAGUCGGCUUGUUGAAAGUCUUCUCGGCACUCGUUUUGAUCGUGUCCACAUCGAGCAAUUCGUUGCUGCUGCUAGUGUUCUACCGCCGACCUGGUCUGCGCACCCUAUCAAACAGAUUUGUGAUGAAUUUGUUGGUGACGAAUUUGGCGAGCAGUUGGAUACUGGUGCCGUUAACGUUAUGGGAAAGCGGUCCGUUCAGCGCUUGGACGACACCGUUGCCGGCGGCCGUAUGGCACGGACUGACCGGUGCAGUGUACGCGCAGUCCGUACUGUCCGUGAUGACUGUGGCCGUGGAUCAGUACUACGCGGUCACCGACCCGCUCCGGUAUCACGUGACGGUGAACGCGGCCAGCUGCGCCGUGGCCGUGGCGGUCACCUGGUGCCUGUCCGCCGUGGCCGGCGCCCUGUCGGCCCUACGCGAGCUGUCCGUCGCGCCGGAAGUGUACCGGUACGCGUUCCCCGUGGCGUUCCCCGUUCUCCUUUACGUCGUACCAUUUGUUACCGUGUGCGUAGUGUACGUGAAGAUAUGCACCGCAGCGCAUCGGAACAGCGAACGGGCUCGACGCAACGGAUCUGUGCCCGACCACUUGCAGCAGCAGCAACAACCACUUCAGCAGCAGCAGCAGCAACAGCAGCAGCAACCACAACCGUUUCAACAACAGCAACAACAGCUGCAGUACAACAAUAACAACAACAACAUUAACAACAACAACAACAUCAACAACAUCAACAACAACGAGUAUAACAUAGUUCCUACCAUUCAAGAAGAGGACGACGAAACGUUGGAGUCCGCUUCCCUGCAGGCGGCAGUGUCCUACGAACCGGAGGCAUCGUCCAAACCGCCUCAGUCCACCCGAGCUAGUCUGAAGAGCACGUCCAGUUCCAUUGUAAACCAUUUGAGAUACAGGAUAUCGAACGCGAGCAUGUUCCGUUACCGGGAGGAGACGCGGGCGGCCAAGAUCUCCGCGCUAGUCAUUGUCACGGCGGCCGCGUGCUGGACGCCGUACGCGGUGCUCAAGCUGUCCGAGUGGCCGCCGCUGUCCGGCGGCGGGAUCCCGUCCCCGGGACCGCUGGCCGCUCUCCUGUCGCUGUCCGCGCACGCCGUCAUCACGCCCAUACUGUUCGCGCACCGGAACCGGCGCGUGCACCGCGAGCUCUGCCGCAUAUUCUGCCGGCGGAAGCGGUGCAGCAGCUUCUACGACAACGUCCGGAACGCGACCGUCGCGUCGUCCGUGGCCUCCGGUCCCGUCAAGUCUAUCGGCGGCGGCGUCAAGUCCACCGGCCCCCAACACGUUUUCGGCAGGUGGUUCGGCGGUGGACCGGGCGGCAUCGGAUUCGGCAAGGCGGCCGCUCAACCGGCCGUCGCGCCGUCGUCCGUCAUCGUGCCGGCCGCGGCUCAUCUGCCCACCGACACGGAAAUGACGCGCAGCUCGUUCUCCAGCAACGGAAGCACCACCACGCAGACGUCGUCGGUGAUCACGGUGGAUUGACCGCGACGGUUCGCCGCCUCCUCGUCGAGGCGGCGCUGACCUCGCCGGUUCCAAAACUUCUUUUCUAGUCACCCCCAUCUCCCCGAAAAUCUACCCCCCCACGAGGUGCUCGUCCGCGCUAUAUUUUAUUUGUAUAUAUAUUUUGUACGCGAGCCCUUCGCCCACCACCACCACCACCAUCGUCGUCGUCGUCCCAUAUAUUAUAUGAGUAUGAACAUAUGUUUACGUCCUACCAUCCAAACCCACAAUCAUCCCAUCAACCCAACCAGCGGUCCAUAUACCAACGACCGCGGUUAUAUCUCGGACGAGUGUAUAUUUGUUUGUACGUGCAGUUUAUAUUAUUAUUAUAUAUAGUUGUCACGCGCGUCGUAUAUUACAAUAAUAUACGCACGUGAUUUUAUCAUAAACGGUUCUCAAAACUUGUUUUCCUAUUAUUGUGUACUUAAAACGAAAUCGGUUUUUAUUUACGUAUUUUAUUAUAUUAUAUAUAUAUAUUUAUGUGUAUUUACUUCGUUUUUAAAAUAAAAAAUGAAAAAUACCCGCACGCAUAUUAUAUUAUAAUAUUAUAUAUUAUUAUUUUUUUAUGUUAUUAUAAUUUGUAAUUAUAUUAUAUAUAUAUUAUUGAACGUAUGUAGUAUUCGGCUAAUCAUUUGUGGAUUGCUUUUAUAUAUUUAUUAUUUUACCGAUAUAUCAAUUUUCACUACCAUAAACAUCAGACUUCUUUCCACGCGGAACGCGUGUGCUUUUAUUGUUAAUUUAAAAUACGACGUUCUCGAAUAAUGUUUUAACUUGUAAUUGUAAUCAUAUUUUCUAAUGUUAAUAAUGUUUCCUUCUACCAAAAAUCUAUACGACCUUUUUGAUUGUUACAAAAAAAAUUUAAACUGUAUAUUAUCAAAUCUGCAAUGAUGAUUUGCUUGUGAAACUUAUGUUUAGUCCAUAAUGCAUCGCUAAUAUAUUUAAUUUCCUAUUUUUUGAUUAAGCAAA